GGCUAUGCUGAAAGUAGCCUGGGAGAAGAUAUGCGCCGAUCGAUACGCUGACUUCACCUAUAGGAUGAGAAGAAGCGGUAAGAAACAACGGUGCGUGUCUCAGGAGAUAUGGGAGAGCUGGCAAAAGGCUUGGGAGGAUCCUGCAUUCAAGAGAAAGCGGGAGAUGUUUGCACAAAACAGGCGCAGUGAGACUGGCGGGGAUGGAGCAGGACCUUCGCGACACACAGGCGGAUCUAUAUCUGCUAUAGAGACAGCUCGAUUAUUAGCUAAAGAAUUAGGUCGUGAGCCCACACCGAUCACGCGAUGGAGGUGUUUACAUACACUCACACGAAGGACCCAUGAUCAUAAUAACCUUUGUCGACAGACGUGGCCGCUGAUCGUCAUGAGCACACUAUCUACAGCUCGGGAGCGUAUUGGUUACUUCUCAGGACCCGAUGAAAUCCGAAGCUGA